GAAAGGACCAGAAGAGUUUGUCGGACAUUCCUGCAGAAUUCCAGAUACAACUACGAGCCUGGCACGCGCCGACAUUCACCCCCAUUUCACCACUGUUCACCUGUAAUUCAUCCAAUGGCCCACCUGAUCUCCAGGAUUUGCACAAGCCCAUAAAGCCGCUGCCAUCCCCGUCCGGCCGCCCGCAUACCUAUCUUCCUAUCUUGACCAUAGUGCCACACAGUUCUCCCCACUAUCCUCCAUUUUCUUUAGCAUUUUAAAUCCUUUUUUUCUCUCUAUAGUCUAUAGUCCUUCUCGUCUCCGUAGCGGUUCGCUCUUCGUUCAGAAGCGAUGUUACUCAAAGCUGCUCCGGCGUUCUCUUUGCUGAACCCUCACGGGGAGCACCUGUGUCCUUUGCUUUUCUCCAGUUCUUCUCUGGUGUCGCAAAAUUCUGCGGCUGUUAGGGUUUCGAGCCCGAAAAUUGGUCCUGGGAUUGUCGUCUGUGCGUCCAAAGGGUCUAACAACCGGCCGCUUACCGGUGUUGUUUUUGAGCCCUUUGAGGAGGUCAAGAAGGAGCUCAAUCUGGUUCCUACUACGCCUCAAGUGUCUCUUGCUCGACAGAAGUUUACGGAUGAUUGUGAGGCCGCGAUCAAUGAGCAAAUCAAUGUGGAGUAUAAUGUCUCGUACGUGUACCAUGCCAUGUUUGGCUAUUUCGACAGAGACAAUGUUGCUCUCAAGGGUCUUGCAAAGUUUUUCAAGGAAUCAAGUUUAGAAGAGAGAGAGCAUGCUGAGAAAUUGAUGGAAUACCAGAACAAACGAGGGGGAAAGGUGAAGCUGCAGUCUAUUGUGAUGCCUCUCUCUGAGUUUGAUCAUACUGACAAAGGAGAUGCAUUAUAUGCAAUGGAGCUUGCUUUAUCAUUGGAGAAACUAACUAACGAGAAGCUCCUGAACUUGCACAGUGUUGCUUCGCGAUGCAAUGAUGUCCAUUUGACAGAUUUUGUUGAGAGCGAAUUCUUAAGUGAGCAGGUAGAAGCCAUCAACAAGAUAUCAGAAUAUGUUGCUCAGUUGAGAAGAGUGGGCAAAGGACAUGGAGUCUGGCACUUCGAUCAGAUGCUACUUCAUGAGGGAGAGGAAGCAGUUGCAUGAUGCAUUUGCUUGCAUGGUUUCAUCUCGGAAGUUGUUCUACAACGUCCUUAGUUUAGAGGUUUUGGGUGCAUUAAUUAGUUUGGAAACUGUGACCAUGGAUAUGAGUUCUAAAGCAGUUAAAGAUUCAUGGAUCUCCGAGUUUCUUUAUUCAUGUUUUAGAGUAUAAGAAUAAUAUUUACAAUCAUUUCCUAUGUUUGGAUUCUGCUAGAUUUUUUGUCAUCCAGGGUUAAUUGCUUAGCUUUGCAAGGAUUAAGCCCCUACCCCAGACCCCAAAUCAAGAUUUUUAAAGUUAGUAGAUACAAAUUCAGCUAAAUUUUUGUUGUUGGAUUCUGCUAGAUUGAUAUGUGGUUAAGAAUAUAGUUUGAUGUUAACUGUGAUUUCUUGUUAUUCUGACUUGUGAUGGUCCCUGUCGAGUCUCCUGGCAUUUUAGGCCUUUAUAUGACAGCAUAAAACGCAGGGUAUAUG